CCAGAACAGUCCGUAACCAUAGAUUUUGAUUUUCUGACAAAAGAAGAUUCCACUGCACAUAAACUUGCAACUUUCUUUCGCUCGCACAGCCGCUAAACAGUACAGUAGCAAAACAGGGCAAGCAAAGCACCCAGAGCCAGAAGCCAUGGCUUCUUUAAGUUCUCUCAUUGAAAUUCCAACUUCCAUCUUCUCUUCUUCCUCCAUUAAUAAUUCUCUCUAUCCGCAAAAAGGAUUUCCUUUUCUUGUUAAAGUUAACCGGCUUCCUCAAAGGAAGAGAAGCUUUGUUUUGAAAUCGGCUGUUGAUGAGGUCUCUGUUCUUGACCCACCACCUCCUCAAAAUGCUAAAAUUGAACUCAUUACUUCUUUGAAGUUUAAAUUACUGAGUGCUGUUUCUGGGGUGAAUAAAGGUCUUGCUGCAAGUGAAGAUGAUCUUCGAAAGGCAGAUGCUGCUGCGAAGGAGCUUGAAGCUGUUGCAGGACCAGUGGACUUAUCUACUGAUCUGGAUAAGCUUCAAGGCAGAUGGAAAUUGAUAUAUAGCAGUGCAUUCUCAUCUCGGACUCUCGGAGGGAGCCGUCCUGGACCUCCCAUUGGAAGGUUACUCCCCAUAACUCUUGGCCAGGUAUUUCAGAGAAUUGAUGUCUUGAGCAAAGAUUUUGAUAAUAUAGUAGACCUUGAAGUGGGAGCCCCAUGGCCCUUACCUCCACUUCCCUUACCUCCACUUCAAGUGACAGCCACCUUAGCCCACAAAUUCGAACUCCUAGGAGCUGCAAAGAUCAAAAUAACAUUUGAAAAAACAACUGUGAAAACGAAAGGAAACUUAUCGCAGCUUCCACCCUUAGAAGUUCCUCAGAUUCCAGAUGCUUUGAGGCCUCCAUCUAAUACAGGGAGCGGUGAAUUUGAAGUUACCUUUGUUGAUGCUGAUACCCGCAUCACCAGAGGAGACAGGGGCGAGCUCAGGGUUUUCGUCAUCUCAUAAUGAGUUAGCACAUCUGCAUUGUCCAUGUAUCGUCAUUCCAAAUCAAUCUUCUCUUGUGUCUCUACAUCGUCUGCUAUCUCCUUUUGUUGUUUUACCUUUUGAGUUUUGGUGGUUAUGUAUCAUAAAUUGGUCGAAAAAUAGCUAAACAAGUAAUGAGCUAACCAUACACAAUUGUAAAAUCCCUGCUAAUUUCAUUACUUUCAUGUUAUCAUCACCUAGUUGAUCUUUUAAAUUGAUAUUUGUGCCCGUGGAAUGCUGACAUGUUACCUCAUUUAUCUUGUCAAUUAGCUUAAUUUGAUAAAUCAUU